AUGGGACAGAGUCUUUCCUCUUCAACAAACAACCAAGAUCAAGAUGGAGAUGUUAUAAUGGUUGACGAUUCAGAGACAAGCGUUGAGGAUGCUAAUGGUUCAGAAUACACAUAUAAUAGUCAAACUGGUCCCACAACGUCUUUACGACGGCCACGUCCACACUCCAACGUAGCCGUUUCCGAAGAUCGGACUCAACCUCCACAAUCUUCACAAAAUGGCUCACCUAGGGUUUUGCGUAUGACACCGGCUAGACGCAGGCGACAGCUUUCCAGCAUUUAUCCAUUUUUUCCUUCCGCAACAACUGCCAAUCAAACACAGGUUCCACUUAGCAGACCACUCACCCGUCUUCAACGGCUUCAUCAUAAUUCAGUAGAUGAUGUGUCAUUAGCACCUAGACAAACCGAUGCAAUAGCUCCCAACAUACUACGACGAAGUCGCACAAGAUCUUCUAGCUAUAACGGGCACGAUGCUGAUGUGAUGAAUGGGCUAGAUGCUAAUAAUUCCAAUAAUCGUUAUUCGUUGCCAACAGUAGAAACAGUGUUUGACGUGCGGCGUCCUCGUUCUAAUUCAGUGGACGUGAUCCUGAAUGGAAAUUUGGAUGAGGAUAUUAGAUCAAAUCUUCGUGUAUCUGAUCGCCCGCGUCGAUCUAGCACUAAUCGCGGAUCAUCGUCUCGUCCUUAUUCAUCGUAUACAACAUCAUUACCUAAUGCAUCUGAUACUAGCUCAAAUUCAUCCACCGCUGGUACUCAAACAGAUUCUUCGACAGCUUCUCCACAACGUUUGAGACGAAGGCUAACUCGAAUUUCUGCGCGAAGAUUAUUUAAUGUGGGGGGGCCUGAUUCUGAAAGCAAUAAUAAUUCUAAUAACAACAACGAGGAUAAUGAUGCAGAAAAUCAAGUUCUGGGCCGUUUAUUGUCUAUGGCAGCGGCUGCAACAGCGCGAUCGCUUGUUGAAAGCCAGGAAAAUGCGGUAAUUGAAGCCGAACGUGCUGCCAGUGAGGGUCAUGAUGGAAGUUUUGAAAGUUUCUUAGCUGCUUUACAGAGAAGAC